AUAAUGAUGUGUUUGUUUGUACAGAUAACUUUCAUUUCAGCCCUCGUCCUUUAAGGAGACUGCUGGCCCGACUGGAGAUCAGCAGGCAUUUGCACAGUGAUCCUGCUGAUAUAAUAAAAUUUAUCGAUGACCAGGCCUUUGAUCCAGUCUUGAUGAUACUCAUCCACUUCAGUUUUGUGAGGAGUCAUAUUGGGAUAUGAUAUGGAUAAAACAUUAACAGAAGAGGAGGUUGUUGGGAACCAAGUGCCUGAAAAUGACUCUGUGGCGAUGCAGCCAGAUGAUGAGGCGAUGGAAGAAAUCACAGGAGUCCCACCGAGUACAGCUGCUGAAGCUGAUCAGUCAGAGAAGCAGCUCCCUGAGAGGCCAUUGUCAGACUCUGCACUUGAAGGGGAGGAUAACAGGUGCACYGUUUGUGGCUUCUCAGCCAAGCAACCCAGAUCACUAAAAAUUCACUAUGCACGAAAGCAUGGAAAAAACAACAAUAAAACAACAAAACCUCAUGAGAAAAAUCAAAAUGUCCAAGGCCAGAGGCUUGCUGAAGGCCGACAGGAGGCGGCCAUGAAGACAGAAAAAUGUGGUGAUGGCAAGCGAAACAAGAUGCAAGAUCCUAAUGAACUGAAAGAAGCAACAAAUAAUGCUGUCGGUAAUUCAAACAAAAAGCAAAAAAUAUCUGACCAACAUGAGACGGAUCAGGACGAGCCAGUCUUUUUCAAGGAGAGAAGAGUGAGCAAACGAACCCCCAAACCCAAUAUUAUUUAUUCCUGCUACUACUGUGGACAAGAGUUCAGGGACAAGUCUCCUCUGGAUGUUCAUGUGAAGCAAUAUCAUGCCAAAGAUCUUCCACUUACAUUUGAUGCUGAUGUGAACAAGAGUGACUCAGAUGAUAUUGAGGACAGUGGCAACAAUGUAAAGGCUCCAACACCACAAGCCAUGGCCAAAUUCAGGUUCCACCUGAAGUGUACCAACUGCAGUUUCAGGGCCAGCUCCAUUGCAGUGCUGGAGAAGCACGCUCAUGUCAAACACCUCGACAUGGACUGGUUCCGCUGCAAACUUUGCAACGUUUUGACCGCCACAUCAGAGUGGAUGAACGUUCACCUGAAAACGGAUAGCCACUUGCAGAAGCAGAAAGAAGACGAAAAGAACGGCUCCGAAUUUUCCUCGUUCCAAAAAUAUGUUGAGAGUGUAAGCAGAGACAGUGCUGGAGAUGAUGAGGCUGUAGGUGAUGUGGAAGAAUUUGAACCUCCCACAAGGAAACGAGGAAGACCAAAGCUGACUGGGUCUAUUACGUGUGAAUACUGUGGCUUGAUUGUGUCCAAUGCUACCAACCUCAGUGUUCAUGUUCGCCGGAAACACAGCAAAGAAUAUGGCUACAGCUGCACUUUGUGCAACUACAGCUGUGUGACCAAAGGAGACAUGGAUAGACACUGUUUCACUAAGAAACAUAUUAAGCGAGCACAAGAGGGUUCAAAUAAGAACCCGGUUACUGAUCACAUAGAUGCAUCAUUACUCAAACCCAUAGUAACCCAUAGUCCUGCCUUCCAAACCACAGGCACAGAACAGGAAUCCAGCAAUGCACUUCCCCAAGAAUUCAAAGUAGAAGAGCAGUCUCAAUCAGACGCACCCCAGCAAGCAAGUAAAUAUGACUCAGUCAAUGYAUGCAGUCUGUGUGAUUUUGCAGCUCAGUCAAUCUCUUCCCUCCAUAUUCAUGUAAAGAGAAAGCACACCAAAGAUUUUGAAUAUGUUUGUUUGGCAUGUGGCUACUAUGCUGUAAACAGCAAGGAGAUGURCCGCCAUGCCAAUACGGAGAAGCACAGACAGAAAAAUCUAAAAUAUCUGGAAAUGCAAGGCAGCAAAGGAGAAAGAGAUACAGAACUUCCACUAACUGAAAAGAAGAACAAUGACCAUCCUGUGGAAAAAUUAAACCCUGAACUUAAACAUCCAAACCCAUCUGAUGCAUCUGAUUCUUGUUCCAAUGACAAUCAAGUUUUAGAAAUGCAAAAUACCUCUGCAUCCCCUGCUACCUCAGAGAUCAUUAGUGUGGUGAUUGGUGGUGUUGGCAGUGCAGAUGAAGAACAAGUAAAGAUGGAUACAUCCUCUGCUGGUGAUGAACCAGAUUCAGUCAGCCAGACAACAGAGCUGACAGUCUUGUCUGAGGUCCAGCAGGUUUCAGGAGAUCUUCAGCUCUCCUUAGACAAGUCUUCACAACAAGAAAGCCAGGAGGAAGGACAUGAACAAGUAGAAGAUGAGACUCUAAAGGCAGAUAUGCUGAUUGUAGAUAUGCAUAUGUCCAAAGUUCCUCCAUUUGAUGCUUGUAUUGUAUCUUUAAAGGUCCUUGCUAAGCAGGAUCAGGCAUCGCUGGAAGUUCUCGCUGUAGAAGGAGAAUCCUCUGUGAUGUCUGUGACUGGAGGAUCCUCWUUUGACCAUGGAUCCUCAGCAUACAUCAGAAAGCUCAAGCCCAAGGAAGCAAAGACUGUCACUGGAAGCGACUCUCACUUACGCUGCGAAGACUGUGGCUUCAUGGCAGAUGGCCUCAGUGGCCUUAAUGUCCACAUCUCCAUGAAGCACCCCUCCAAAGAGAGGCACUUUCACUGCCUGCUAUGUGGCAAGUCAUUCUACACUGAGAGCAACCUGCACCAGCACUUGACUAGUUCUGCCCACAUCCGCAAUGAGCAGAACAGUGUGGAGACGCUGCCUGAAGGGGGCGCAAGUUUUAAGUGUGUGAAGUGCACAGACCGCUUCAACACGGAGCAGGAUUUGUUUUUUCACAUCAAAGAGAAGCACGAGGAGCUCCUUAAAGAGGUCAGCAAGUAUGUGCUGGAAGACACGGAGCAGAUCAACCGGGAGCGUGAAGAGAACAAGGGAAGUGUUUGUAAAUACUGCGGCAAGGUUUGCAAGAGCACCAACUCGAUGGCCUUCCUGGCUCACAUUCGUACACACACCGGAUCUAAGCCCUUUAUGUGUAAAAUUUGCAACUUUGCUACUGCUCAGCUUGGAGAUGCCAGGAACCACGUAAAAAGACAUCUCGGCAUGCGAGAGUACAAAUGCGACAUAUGCGGAUGGGCCUUUGUGAUGAAGAAACACCUGAAUAUCCACCUGCUGGGAAAACAUGGGGUUGGACAGCAUAAAGAAAGGAAGUUUGAAUGCGAGCUGUGUGACCGCACCUUCAGUGAAAAGUGGGCCUUGAACAACCACAUGAAGCUGCACAACGGAGAGAAACCAUACAAGUGCGUCUGGCCGUCCUGCCACUAUUCCUUCCUCAACCUGUCAGCCAUGAAGGACCACUACAGGACACAUACCGGAGAGAGACCCUUCAGAUGUAAGCUCUGCAACUUUGCCUCUACCACGCAGUCCCACCUUUCACGGCACAAACGUGUUCAUACUGGAGAGAAACCAUACCGCUGUCCCUGGUGCGACUACAGAUCCAACUGUGCAGAGAACAUCAGGAAGCACAUUCUGCACACGGGGAAGCACGAGGGCGUGAAGAUGUAUAACUGCCCCAAGUGUAUCUAUGCCACCAAUUCUCCCACGGAGUUCCGCAAUCACCUAAAGGACAGUCACCCAGAUAUCGAGAACCCAGACCUUGCCUAUCUACAUGCAGGGAUCGUAUCAAAAUCCUUUGAUUGCCGUCUGAAGGGCCAGGGGGCCUCCUUUGUGGAGGCCGAUUCUGUGGAUUCCCUUGUGCACAAGAAAGACCCAGCUGAGGCUUCCAGCCAUGAUGACUCUGUCCAGCAGGUCAUCAUCAUCCAAGGUUAUGGUGACAGUGACAUGGUCAUCGAUCAGGCCCUGGAGGAGUCAGCCGCCGCCACCCUGCAGACUCUGGCCAUGGCUGGCCAGGUGGCAGAGGUACUCCAUAUCACAGAAGACGGACAAGUCAUAGCUUCUGGCAGCGAGGUGGCCUCUUCAGGUACCCACCUGGCUGGAGGCAACACCCAGUACGUGGUCCUGGAUUCAGGAGAUGCCMGUGAGAAGCUGCAGGCUCUGGCUGGUGGGGAGGUAGCCGUCACCACCACCGUUGCACAGAGCCACGCUGUUUCAGAGUCAUCCACUGCCCUGGAUGCUUUGCUAAGUGCCGUCAGUGAAAUGGGCCAUCAAGAGAAAAUGCAGCAGGAAGAGGUGUCCAUCGUUCAUGAAGUGCUGGCCCCUGAAAUGGCUGAGGAAGACCCUGGUGUCGCUGUGGAGGUGAAACAAAAGCAGGAGGAAGUGCAGGUCAUCGAGGAGACUGACCAUGAAGGCAUGCAGGAAGUGUUGAAGCUGGCCGCUUCCCAGAUGGUGAAGGAAGGUCUCACCCAAGUCAUUGUCAAUGAUGAAGGCACCCACUACAUCGUGACAGAGCUGGAUGACUGCACCUUACAGGUGGAGGGAGGUGUGUAUGGGGAGGUCGGAGCGGGAGAAGAGGCGGUGCAACAGGUGGAGCAAGGAGCAGGAGAAGAGAUGGUGGUUUAUCUGGAUGGAGCUUCCCAUAAUAUUGUCCUAGAGGGGUGAAGAAAAAAGAGUAUCAUUUAAUUUACCUUUUUACCUGGUUAACAUUCAAACAUUAGUCGAAGUUUUUUCUGUCCUUUCCCUUCAUAAGACUUAGUUUGUUUAUUUUCCUGCAUUUUGUUUGUUUCCUACAAUCUUUAUCAGUAAUUACAAAAUUCAUGUUAAACAUCAGUUAUUCAAAGAAACAGAAAGAAGUUCUGGUGCUAAUUUUACUCAAAUUUUCAAAGCACACAUCUACCAUGUAUUAAUAACUCCACUAUCUACACUUCCUUAUAUAACAUCUUAUCAAAACCUUCUGAGAGUUGAGAGCUGAUGUAGAUUCUGGUCUUUAGUGUGACAAAUGUUUGUUUUACUUUUGUGUUUCUUGAUUAAAUGUCUGAGCAUUGUUAAUUUUCUUUUGCAGUGACAUAAGAACAGUUAUAAAUCAGUUUCUUGAUUGAUUUUUAAACUUUUUAGCCUCACACUUUAUUUUGCUGUAACAAAACUGCUACAGUCAAUUUUUGUCAGCCUUUUCGCUUUGAAAAAUGUCUAAACAUGAAAACAAUUUCAUUUCUGACAAUAAAUUUUGAGUCUAAUUUUCCCAAA